AUGGCGUCCGGAGCUUCUGUCAGUAGAAUAUUGUGUACUAAGUUGUUGAUAAACAAUCCAUUAGCGGCUUCAAGGUCAAGAUGUUUACCAUUAUCAACAAGACCAUUUGCGAGCAGUCAAUCACAACCGACUGACAACUUGUUCACUGAUGAACACGCUCAACUGAGAGCCAGUUUGAGAAAGGUUAUUGAUAAAGAAAUAAACCCCUAUGUGGAUGAAUGGGAGGCAGCCAAGCAGUUUCCUGCUCACAAAGUUUUCAAGAAACUUGGAGAGGGAGGUUUCCUGGGUGUUAGCAAGCCAACAGAGUAUGGAGGACUGGGGCUUGACUACAGCUACAGUAUCGCAGUGGCAGAGGAGCUGGGGUCCAUCAACUGUGGGGCCAUCCCGAUGGCUAUAGGGGUUCAGACCGACAUGGCAACACCAGCAUUGGCAACGUUUGGGAGUGACAGAGUCAAACGAGAGUUUUUGGCCCCGUCCAUUUCAGGGGACAUGGUGGCUUGUUUAGGGGUCAGUGAAGUUGGCGGAGGUUCAGAUGUUGCCAGUAUUCAGACCAGGGCAGUAAAGAAAGGCGGUGAUUAUGUCAUAAAUGGGGGUAAAAUGUGGACAACAUCCGGCACACAGGCAGACUGGAUGUGUCUUCUCGCCAACACGAGUGAUGGGCCACCCCACAGAAACAAGUCGCUUAUAUGUCUACCAAUGGAUGCCAAAGGUAUUGACAGGAGUAUGACUAUCGAUAAGCUGGGAAUGUGGAGUUCUGAUACGGCCCAAGUAUUCUUCGACAAUGUGCACGUGCCGCAGGAGUAUGUGAUAGGCGAAGAAGGAGAAGGAUUCACGUACCAGAUGGUCCAAUUUCAGGCUGAGAGGAUGUGGGCUGCAGCUGGAUGUUUGUUGCCACUACAGAAGUUAAUCUGGGACACCAUUGAGUACACACGGUCUCGGAAGGCGUUCGGCCAGCCGAUACUCAACAACCAGACCGUACAUUUCAGGCUGGCCGAGUUGGAAACUGAAGUGGAAUUGUUGAGGUCACUACUGUACAGAACAAUAGCUCUGUAUGUAGCGGGUAAUGAUGUGACAAAGUUUGCGUCAAUGUGUAAACUGAAGGCAGGGCGACUUUCUAGGGAGGUCACAGACGAGUGCCUGCAGUUCUGGGGAGGAAUGGGUUUUACCAGCGACGUCCUUGUUAGCAGGUUCUACAGGGAUUUCCGCUUGCUUUCUAUUGGUGGUGGAGCUGAUGAAGUUAUGUUGUCAAUCAUCUGUAAAUACAUGGAUACCCUGCCCAAACUUACUGCGAAAAAGGCCAAGUAGAAAUAUGGUUGUGAAUUAAAGCCUUGAUUUUUUUCAAGCUAUGACAUUGGGUUAACAUGGAGCCACACCAAUUUAAAUUUGUUUGUUAGAUUUGGGCAGAGAAAAAUUUGAGUGUGCGGGCCCAAAAAAUAAAUUGAAAUUUUAAUACUGAAGCGACCAAAGUCAAAACCACUACUUUUCUACAUAAUUAGCAUUUGACUGAUGAUCCUGAACAACUUUAAAUUUAUUCUCUCUUCUAAGUGAAAGUUUAAAAUUUACCUCACAAAGUAUUCACUUUAUGGAAAUAUUUGACUCUUACAAAAGUUGAAAUAAAAUAAACGUAGCAACAUGUAUUUGCGUAAUUUGAUGCGACAUGGCUCAGUAAAAAAGUUAUUCUGUGCCAUUUUGUUCCAUCCUUAGGUGAAAAAAUUAUGAGCGGUGGCUUGAAUUUGCUUAUUUUUCUGUAAAUAUCCUUUCUUUUAAAAUGGAAGGUAAAUCCGACAAACAAAAUUUUAAUUUGGUGUGGCCUAAUUUAUAACUAAAAAUUACAAGCAUAUGUUGGAAACUACCUCAGCCAGUUUUUCACAAAAAUAAGUCUGUUUUAGCAAUUACUGAAAUCUGUUGUUUAAGUGUUACUCUGAAGAAUUCUUAGCACAAGUCAAUGUUUAUUUCAAUUUUAUAUGAAUCAAUGGCACAACACAUCAUAAAGAAUAUGGCGAUUUAUCCGAUGGCAAGUUAUCUGAAUUACAGUGUACAUGAAUAUUCACCCUCCACAAACUAGGAGGCUGACCGAACAAUAUCAUCUUAAGUUACAGAAUCUUUAAAAAAUUGCAGUAUUAUUUUAUUGUAAUAAAAGAGACAAGUUAUGUAAUGAAGGAUUGGUUCCUGGCUUACCUAAGAACAAUUAUUAAAUGUGAUUCUGUGAUAUGAUAUUGUAUAUUGCGCUAUGAUUAUUGUAUUCAUUGUUUCAAUUUUAUGUAUUUUAUACAAACUGAAAUAUCCAUGUAAAAAAUGUAGAUAUUGCACAACUUUCUUAAUUUGAUACGUUAUUUUCAGUUUGACGAUAGAUCAUGUUCAAUUUUCUUUAAAGGGAAAUGAAAUCUACCAUUUAGACAAUGUACUUGCUACAUAUUUCCGAUUAUUUGUUGAAGAUAUUUUAUAACAUUUUUUUUUGUUAACUGUAUGAUAUGAUAUGGUAUGAUAUGGUAAUUAUAAUAUGAUAUUUUUCAAUGAUUCUGGAAAUAAAUCCUGACAAUCUCCA